AGUUAUCGGGUAGAGUGGUGAGAGAAGGCGCGGGCCGAACCAGCGUUCCCCGCCGCCGCCUUGCUCCAUUACCGUCAGGCAGGUGUCGGGACUCGUAAAGCGCGUGAGACAGCUGUCUGCGUCUGUGGGGUACAGAAAAUGACAGUUACGUCUCUUAAACGGUAGCCAGGAUGUAGCUUAGCACUAAGGGAAUAGUCGCAGUUAUACGGUAAAAUAGUAAAUUAACUUCAAGUCGCUACGUGGAAACUAGGAACUGCGCUCCUUGAUCUUGUUACCAACCAGGAUGGGGGGAAUCUGAUACGUGCAGCCCGUCAACGCCCGGCUCUUCCCCCCCCUGUGACAUCCUACGCACUACCAGGAUUUACACUGAACCCAGUCACAUGUUGAGCUUCCCUUACCACUUCUGUAAGUUCAUGUUACUGGGCGAGCACUCUGACAAGUGAGCCGCGAAGUGCGGCGCCUUCAGCAUUGGUGGCUCCUCGAGCAACACGUGGGAGAGGUCCUCUGACGGAGGAAGAAGUGUUUGUAUUAGUGUUGAACACGAGUGUUGACUCGCUUGGUCUGGCGCUCAUUAAUAGAGCAAAAUGGAUAAAUUACGCAACAUCAAGCACCGGCUGAGCAUGUCUGUAGACAAGCUGUCUUCCUCGCGACGCUCUAAAUCGCAGCAGCGGAAGAGCGCGCCCCUUGGAAAUACUCCAGUGUCUGACGGGGAUAUUCCUGGCUCCGUCCGGUCCUCGAGAGCCGACUCCCGGCCUACCAGCGAUGCCGAUGAAACCAUGAACCCAGCUUCGGGUUCACGACCUAAUAGUUAUUGUGAGCCUGACGCUGACGACAGCGCCUCUGGGGAGUGGCUAGAGGCUUCUGGUGCCACGUCUUCGUCCGAUGCUGUAGACGACAGUAAAGAACCCGAAGUGGCCGCUUCGCCACACAAUCUUACCAUUGAUGAUAACAGUCUGAAGCGCCCGACUUCCUCUGUUGAAGGUGGCGGAAGUCUCGUGUCUGAAGUGAUGAAAGAAGUGGAGAAAAUAGCGGAGAUAACAGAAAGCAUGAAAAAUAAGCGUCUAAAAGUGGAGCCUCAGAUAACAGACGAGGCAACAGUGGGCGUGUGCGACAAAAAGGCGUUAUUGGAUGUGUCCACAGACGGCGAGGGACAGGAACCUGAUGAAGCAGAAGGCAACGCCUGUGUGGAGACGCUGACGGCGGCUGGGCAGGUGACCCAUCGUCAGAGCGCUGGUAGAGGCGUGGUCAAGAGGAGGGCCGUGGAAAGUACCUCGACUACACUGAGUAUCUCCUCCACUUGUAGAGCUGAGAGUCUUACCUCUGGCUACUUCUCGGGCUCUGAUGUCACAUUGUCCGAUGCCAAAUGCGACAGUACCUAUUUACAAUCAGCAUUUACUCCUACAUCUUCAGAGCGUACAGAGCAGAGUACACCAGUCUUCACCACAGAAAACAAUGAGAGCGUUCAGCAUAACUCUGAACUUACUUCAGUAAAACCUGAAAACUCUGAAGAAAACAAAUGUUCACUGACCUCGGUUACGACAGAAGACAAGCCACCAUCUCGGCAGGAGUUUACCGACACUGUACCCGAGCAUCCCGUGACCACUUCAGCGUUCACUUCAGUCAUCCCGGAGAAGAAAGUGAUAACAGAAGCGGCUGUCGAGACGAAAGUAGAAACUUCUACGUCGAGCACCUCAACGUCGACGACUGUAGUCAGUACUACCACUCAAGAGGUCAAGAAGACCAAUGUCACCAAAAAAGAGAGCAUCUACAGUAGGAUAAUGAGAAGGAAGGACACCUCCAAGGAACCGAUUUACGCGAAGAUCAAGCCGAAACUCACGAUAGAAACCAGUUUCCAGCCUAUUGAACCAAAUAAAGACAAAAACACUUCUCAGGGCGGUGGCGCUGGGGUGGUGAAGCCCGAGCCUAUUUACAGUGUUGUAAAGCCUAGAGAUCCUGGGAGUCCACUCGUGCCCAACAGCCCCGUCAGCCCACUCAUCACCUCAGGCAGCCCAACCAGCCCAUUUGCUCCUGUAUGCACUGGUGCCCCUUCUUUUCCCCCCAAAAUCGAACCCAUCUACAGCAAAAUUCACCCGAAAGACUCAAGAAGCAGCACCUUGCCGAGAGAACCUGUCUACAGUAAGGUGUGUAAAGAUACCGCAACCUUGCCAAGGGAACCAACCUACAAUAAAAUUAAAUAUAAAGAACAUAUAUACACAAAACCUCUGCCUCUCACACCUAGAGAGGAAGCUGAACAAAAGCGCGAAUCUGUCUACAGUCAAAGUUCUACUUCAUCCGACUAUGGCAAGGUAACUGUGAGAGUCGGGGAAAUUUCCCCGAGCCGUCCAGCAGUUAUCACCAUCAAUAACCCAGGCUACGCUGCUCCUACGGGAUUUUCAUCGCCAGCAUCAACUUCUUCGCCAACAUCUCCUUCAUCACCGAUGUCCUCGUAUGCACCUACCUGGCCCAUCGUUGACAGUGCCCCAGUCGUUCCUUCAUCGAAACAGUCAAGCAAAACAGCGUCAGUGAGCCCAACGACACAGACACAGAUCAAGCAUGUUGGACAAGCAGAUUGUGUUUCCAAGUCGAAGUCGCCGAUCGAAUCUCCCGAACCCCGGCCUCUGGUAGCGUCAGAUUCCUCACUCUUAGAGAACUCGGAUACUGAGUCAACAGGGCGGGCCAAACUAAGUCAGCUAGUGGAGGAGUUAGCACAAGAGCUAGAGGCAGUAAGUCGCCGUAUUGGUUCUCAUGCCGAGAUAGACGAUAUGUCUAAGAAAGAGGUAUUGGCAAAGCUUCUAUCGACCUACGAUGUACCCAAGAAUCUGCGACGAGUUGAGGAGGCAGACGAAGAUGCCGUGCUAGAAGCGGAACAGGCUCUUGUCCCAUCUUCCAUCAGUAUGGACGAGCUACGUUACGUGGAUGACAACGAAGACAAUGCUGAAACUGUUUACGCCGAUGUACCCAACUUCUCGCAAGACGAGUUCGUCAUCGCCCUGGACGACGAGAAUGACCCCAGAUACGCCUCGCUCACUCGCAAAUUCAGGGAGCAGCAGACCGGAGGAGAGUCUCCUGGCAAAAUAAGCAGGAAGACAGCAACGGUGUAUGCCAAUGCGCUGAACGUAGUGACCGCGCUCAGAGUACUCAUCAACUCCAAGUCAACGCGAGCAGCUACCGUCAUCAACAAGAUGGGUACGCUGGCCAGGCCGUACGCCCAGCGAGUCCAGGGAACCAUCACAGACACUACCUGGAUCCAGAGAGUCAUCUUUCACAAAUCGGGUCACAAUGGCUUCGACGAGCUGCGCCGCUACAUCAAGUCUGGUGGGGAGUUCUGCAAGGAGCUGGCGGUCAUCAUGCACGAGAGGGCGGAGUUGGAGGCGAGCUACGCCAAGGGUCUCAACAAACUGUCAGGCAAGUUGCUGAAGGCCUCAAAGGAGAGCAUGGGCACCGUCAAUCAAGCCUGGCAGAUGGUGGGCGCUGAGCUGGAGCAGGAGGGAGACAUGCACAAAUCAAUUGCAUCUGCACUAGCAGAUGAUGUGGUGCGGCCACUCCGACAGUUGAUUGAAACUCAACAUAAAAUUCGCAAGGGUGUGGAGAGUAUGGUGGAUAAAACCACGAAAAAUCUUCAUGACUGGCGAGCAGCAGAAAGCAAGGCCAAAAAACAGUGUUACGGUAACUGUAGAGAGAAUGAGAAAAUUCAAGACAUCAUGCUAGAAGCCAGACUGGGAAGAGGCAAAACCCUUUCUGACAAGGAGACAGUCAAGAUGGAGAAGCAGCGACGGAAGGCAGAGGAAGCCGUCCAGAAGAGUGAUCUGGACUAUUACACAUGCUGCAUUCGUGCAGAGAGAGCAAGACUUGAGUGGGAAUCUGCAGUGUACAAGGGAAGCAGUUGCUUUCAGACGUUAGAGGAAGAGCGUUUGCAGGCACUCAAAGAUCUCAUCGUUAAGUACCACAAGAAUGCCAAAGAAUCUGCUCCAAAAAUGAUUGCGAUGGCGGCACGUCUUGAAGAGCCAGUGGCGGCUUGUGAUGUGGAGAAGGACAUACAAACUGUGAUCUCGGCCAAAGGAACAGGAGAAAAUAUUCCAGAACAGAUGCUACCUGAUUUUUAUGCAGAAGAUAUGAACAAUAUAAUGAAUAGGGAAAGAAGAAGAGAGGCACUAGAAAAGUUUAUUCAAAUGCUAAGAACGGACUUGGAGCGUGAGAGACGAGGAAAGCAAGGGGUUGAGAACUUGGCAAAGGCUCUGCAAGAAACUCCUACAUUUGGAGGGGAAGAAUCACAACAGGAUGUGAAUGAUAAGCUGCAACAUGAUGCCUACAACAGACUUCAACAUAUGAAGGCAAUGCUGGCAUACCUGGAGGCUGCACGAUACAAGGUACAGAGCUCGCUAGAUGAGCUCAGUAACAGACCCAAGAUGACACACCCUCUAGCCAAACACAUUGAAGUUCACCGUGAUAAACAGGGUCUGACCUUCUCCAUUUUGAAGGUUCCACCAUGGGUCCGAGGGAACAGUGUGGAUGUGUCUCCAGCUAGCAACUCCCCAACGGGCUCUCCCAAUUGGAAUGAUAGAGGCACUGCUGAUGGAACCUCGGUACAACCAGAUUCAGACUUUGACGAGUUCAGCUCCCAGGGUUCAGACCGAGACUACCAGACAACUAUCACGGAGGAUAAUGUGGACUCGGGUACUAAAAAUGAUGUCUACUAUGCUCGUCCCCUAGCAUCAGCACCAACAGUAGGCAGGUGUAAAGCACUCUAUGACUAUGAAGCUAACAUGUAUGAUGAGCUCACCAUCAGAACAGGUGACAUAAUAAACCUUCACGAGAAGCAGCCUGAUGGUUGGUGGGUGGGAGAGCUGGAGGGUGUCAUCGGUAUCUUCCCUGCAACCUACGUCGAGGAGAUAGACUGAUAUCGGCCAUGCCCGGAGUGCCCAUCUUAUGUCACAAACACUACCCAAUGCCUCCAUAAAACUCCAGCUUGGGAGGAGAGCUUUGCCUAAUGUAGUAUCAAGCUUUAAUAUGUGUCUGCCUGCUGUGCAUAAAUAUUUACUGGUCUAAAGGAGAAACUUUCAGUUGCUAAUGGACAAUAUAUCAUAUUUUAAUAGUCUUAGACAAACCUUAAUCUAAUUGAGCUGAUCACAUAAUUAAGCAUUUGUUAUUAGUUCUUUUUAAGAAAUGAAAUUGUGGUAAUGUACCUGUAUAAGAAAAAAAAUACCCUUUUUUUAAUUAGAAUAGAACCUUAUUGGGAUUUUUCAUCAGAAAACCUAAUGGAAAUUUUAAGUUAGUGACAUAAUAUGGAUAUGAGUGGGGCAGGAACUGGACUUACUAUUACCAGUGGCAUAUCAAGAGCAACACCUAGUGCUCAUUUGAUUUUGCAGUGUCAAAGUCAUUUCCAAUUUAUCGUCUGCUUGAAAAUAUUGCGCUCCGUGGCAAAAUGUACAGAAAAUCCUAACAUGUGUUCUGUACAUCUACUUUACUGAAGAAAUACAUUUUGCUCUGUACGAACACACGUGUAACAAGUGCAAAGUUAUGCUCCUGUGCCUAUUCACAGACAGAAUAGGUGAAUGCAUAAUGCACAGUUUUUUUUAAUCUAUUAUGUUUUUCACAUAAAACUAUAAUGCUGACAUUAUUUUGUGUGCCAUUGUGAUUAAGUCAUAUAAAUAUCUUGACUGAUGCUUACUGGUGUGUAUGUUGUGUAUAUAUUUUAUAUAAAGUCUUCCAGUCUGCCUAUGUUACAGUACACUAUGGUCUUCAUAUUUUAUCACUUAACUCAUUGUCAGACAGUUUUUGUAUUCAGAAGGAAUAGAUGGGGAGGCAACAGUCCAGAGAGAGAGAGAGAGAGAGAGAGAGAGAGAGAGAGAGAGAAAGGAAUGAUGAAGGAAAAAAAAAAGAUAUGGAAAAGAAAGAAGGGAAAAAGGUGAUCAUUGCCCCUAAUGGGAAGAUAUUCUCUGAAGAUGGAUUACCAGGCCAAUACCCCCACCACUAUAACACAUGGGAUGCAAGGCUGGAUAAACCACAUCCCAAGGCCAAAGAAAUAUAUAUUAUACACAAAGAUGCUGCAUAUGUAAUUGUUAUUGUUCAUAUUGCAUUAUCAGUGGAUAUUUAAUGAAUAUUGCUUCAAUGUAAGACUGUAAUAUGAUGUGCUUAUAACUAGAAUUAAACAAAAGGCAAAUUAUUUUUUUUUUUUUAAGUAGAAUCUACUCUUAAAGUAUCCUUUUUUUAUUGAUAUUUAGAAAUUUGCCUGUGCAUUAUUUAGAGAUAAGCACUUCUUGAUCAAAGCAAUGCAAUCUGACAUCAUUACAGAUGCUAUCCUUUAUGGGGCUGUGUUAAAGCCUCUAGUAUUGACUGGCACAGUACCUUCUUUCUCUGUCAUAUGACAAUGAUAGUAAACCCAAAGAAGUUCUUAUCAAUGCCUGUCCCCUCUCUCAAUUGAAUGAAUGUCAUGAAUGAUUUUGUUUCAAUUUACCAUUUUUAAUGAAAAUUAGAAUCUUAUUGAAAUCUCUCUCUUAAUAUUAUCCACGAAUUGGGUCCUUGUAGAAUUGUACAUUUGAUAUCCUGUUUUGAUUUUAGGUUAGAUUUUGUAUACUUGAUUAUAUAUUUUCUAUGUGUACAUUGUUGUAUAUGGCUGUUGUAAGUUGAAUCUUGUGUACAUAGUUUACAAUAAUUCAAAAAUUGUCUUGUAUAAACAGUUCUUUUGGUUCUCAUAGUCAUGUAUACGAAUACUGGGAACUGAAUAUCAAAAUUUAAAAUGCAGUAUUAUUUCACCUACCUUGGUCUAUUUUCUUUUUUUAUCAAAUGCAUUGAGGUAUGCGAUGCUAUAAUCUAAAAUGUUGAAUACAUUGUAUAAUAAAAUAAAUUUGAAUUUAAAACUCUCAUAAAA